AUGGCAGACCAAACAACGAAAGGAGGCCAGCAGCGACUGAAAAUCGUGUGCAUUGGCGAAGCUCGCACGUCCUACAAAUCGGAAAUCUUGCGGCGCUACCUGCGCACCAAUGCGGCCCUCAAGCAAAAGCUCUUCACCGCCGAGGUCGGCGCGUCUGCGACGGCGGCUGCACCGACGCUCACCAAUACGACCGAUCCGCACAAGAACGUGGUCUUCGAAGGCGACGUGGCGGCGGCAGAGGGGAGUGCCAAGGCCGUCUCCGUGGCGGUCGAGAUCGUCGAUGCCGCACCAGAAGAUCACAACCGUCUGUUUGCCUACCCCAGGACCGACCUCUUCCUCAUCUUCUUCUCCAUCGACGACCACGAAGCCCAGAAGCACCUUCUCACCCGCUGGAUUCCCGAGCUGUCGCAGCACUGUCCUGGCACUCCCUACGGCCUCGUGUGCACGAGCACAGUCCUGCGCACCGCGCGCUCCAAUCACAUGACCCUCGUUCAGGGCAAGGAAUUGGCCAAGAAGCUGAAGGCCCACCGAUACUGGGAGCUCGGCUACGGCGCCAAGCGCAGGGCGAUGACACUCACGCCGCAGAUGAUCGCGCAGCACCAGCAGCAGCAACAGGCGGAGGGCGAGGAGCCCGAUGGAGGCGUGGAGGCGACCAAGGACGAGAAGGCGCUCGAUGAGGAGAUCCGCGUGCUCUUCGCCGAAGCGACGGCGUCGGUGGCGUUCCCGUCGUCGAAGGAGGCCAAGGACCUCAACAAGCGCAAGAAGAUGAUGGAGAAGGUGAAGAACGAAGUGUCGACGGCCGUGAGCGAGGGCAAGACGGAGAUCUCCUUCCGCAAGCGCGGACUGGACAACACCCACGUCCCCAAGAACAUGGGCAAGUACAUGAAGGAGGUCAAGAAGCUGGUGCUGAGCGACAACAAGCUCUUCUUCUUCCCGAUGGCCGUGCUCGACAUGGUCAACCUCCACACGCUCGAGCUCAAGAACAACGCGCUCACGCACCUCCCCAAGGAGAUCACCCGCCUCACCAACCUCAAGAAGUUCGACCUCGAGAACAACCAGCUCACCUCCCUGCCAGGCGAGAUGGGCAGCAUGACGCAGCUGGAGGAGCUGAAGCUCAAGGGCAACUUCCUCGACGGCUUCCUGCCGCCGGAGGCAUUGGGCAACAUGACCCGCGGCAUCCUCGCCUACCUGAGGGAUCUGCACAAGGGCGCCGAGCGCUGCUACCGGAUGAAGCUGAUGUUCGUGGGCAAGGAGGCCGCGGGCAAGUCCUCCCUCUCCUACUACCUCAUGAACAACAAGCGCAUCGAAAAGGCCCCGCUCUCCACCGACGGCAUCGACAUCAACAACUGGGACAUCCCCGUCCCCGAGUUUGCCACCGAGUUUGCCGAAAUCGCGGACAAGCUGAUGAAGGACAACUGGGGCAACAAGCCCGUCACCUUUGCCGUGUGGGAUUUUGCCGGCCAGGAGGUCUACUACAGCACUCAUCAGUUCUACCUGUCUCGGCGGUCGCUCUACCUCUGCGUCUUCGAUCUCACCGAUCCCGACAUCACCUCUGGCAACUUCCAUCGCGUGUCGUAUUGGCUGCAGAGCAUCAACGCCAAGGCCAAGGGCGCCCCGAUCAUCUGCGUCGGCACCAAGCAGGACCUGUGCUCGCCCUCGCAGAUCAACGAGACCUUCCUCAAGAUGCAGGACCAGUUCUCCAGUUUCGGUGUCAAGGAGUUCAUGCCCGUUAGCUGCAUCUCCGGCAAGGGCAUCAAGGAGCUCAAGAUGGUCAUCAUGAAGGCCGCCCUCAAGCAGCGGACCAUGGGAGAGCAGAUCCCCAAGAUCUAUCUCGAGCUGGAGAGGAUGGUCGAGCGCAAGAGGGUCGAGCUGGCCUACCUGAAGAAGCCGCCCACCGUCUACUUCGAGGAGUUCCGGGUCAUGGCCAUGAACAUUCCCAAGCUCGAAGACGAGGAGGAGUUGAUUCGUGCCAUGGAGUUCUUGAACGAGCUGGGUUCGCUCGUGUACUUCCGCAAGGCCGGCCUCUCCGACAUCGUCAUCCUGGACCCGAGGUGGCUCACCGAAGUGAUGGCCACGGUGGUGUCUUCGAAGACGAUGCUCGAGAAGGGCAUCCUUCAACACAAGUUCCUCUUCAACCACAUCUGGAAGGGCGACCAAUAUCCCGCCUACCUCCACCCUCACCUCCUCCUGCUCCUUGAGAAAUUCCAGAUCACGUUCCGCCUGCGACGGAAGCGUAUCGUGUUGCGUGCGGUGGAGGACGUCACCGGCCGCACCCAGAACCAGCUCUCGUUCAAGGUGGGCGACAAGAUCAUGCUCCUCGAGAAGCCCAAGGUCGGCCGCUGGUGGAAGGGCAUGCACAACGGACAGACCGGCUACUUCCAGGCCAACCACGUGGAGGACACCGGCCAGCCGCCCGAGUUCACCCUCGAGGACGAGUCGCUGGUGCCGUGCCUGCUCACGCCCGAGCCCCCGCCCGGCCUCCUCGAGAAGGAAUGGCCCCUGGCCGACGAGACGGCGCCGCUGCAGAUCGGCCGCGUGUGGCGCUUCAGCUUCCUUCCGCUGCCCUUCUUCCCCCAGGUCAUCGUUCGCCUGCUCCACAGCGGCGAGAGUCGGUUGCACUGGAAGCAUGGCAUGGUGGUGGAGAACAUUCGAGGUGAUGCGUGGAGCUUGAUUCAGGUGGACCACGGCCAGGGCACCCUCUCCGUCCACGUCCGAUCGGCCAGCCCGACGGCCCUCCAAGACAUGAUCUCGUCGGUCGAGGAGGAAGUGGACAUCCUGCGCGAUUGGUUUGGCGUCACCUUCACCGAAAUCAAGGUCCCAUGCACCCACUGCAUCAGGGAGAAAAAGAAGGACGUAUAUUUAUUCACCCUCGAUGAGUGCGAGUUGGCGUCGGCCGAGGACAGGAAAGUGCUCAUCUGUCAGAGCGGCGUCAUUGGUCGAAUUGAGGUGCCGCUGACCGAGAUCGUGCCCGACAUCGCCAUGGCGCAGUACAAGAAGGUCGCCUUCUCGAAAAUCGAAAUGGGUCCAGUCAUCGGCCAGGGUGCCUAUGCGGAUGUAUAUAAGGCCACGUACGAUGGCAAGACGGUGGCUGUAAAGAAACUCAACAACGCCAAGGGCUUCAAGGAAUUCCGCGCGGAGGUCAAGUUCAUGAGCGUGGUGGAUCACCCUAACAUUGUGCUCCUCAAGGGCAUCUGCCUCAACCCACCCUGUAUCAUAACCGAAUUCAUGGAGCUCGGAAACCUCCACUCGUACCUGGACGACGCGAACAACAAGCUGACGUGGCAGCAGAGCAUCAAGAUCGCCGAGGAUGUGGCCAAGGGCAUGCACUUCCUCCACUCCCAGUCCCCCGCGCGAAUCCACCGCGACCUCAAGUCCCCCAACAUCCUGCUUUGCCUGGACAGCGAAGGCCGCAUCAUGGCGAAGGUGGCCGAUUUCGGUACGGCGCGCUCGCUGGCACCCACCAUUGCCGGCCGCACGGUCGACAACCCCAUCUGGCUCGCGCCCGAGGUCAUGCGAAACGAGGAAUACACUGAAAAGGCGGACGUGUACUCGUACGGUAUCAUCCUGUACGAGAUCUACACGCGCAAGUUCCCGUUCGGCAAGAAGACCCGCUUCCAGAUCGAGCUCGAGGUCGUCGACGGCAAGCGGCCGGACCUCCCCGACGAUUGCCCGCCGUUCUACAUGGACCUGACGACAUCGUGUUGGUCGGGCAUCCCGUCGGAGCGGCCGGCCUUCCAGACGGUGCUGGAGAAGCUCAAGUCGUCCCUGCCCGUGACCUAUCGCGCCCUCGCGCCGUUCAGUGCCGAGACGCCGAUCAGCGUGCGCGUGGACGUGGGCGACGUGGUCUACCUCGAGCCCGACAGGAAGAAGCCUCUCAGCAGCGCCGACGUCAUCAGCGUCAAGUGCACCCACCGCGCGCAGACCAUCUUCCUCCCCUCGGACUUCCUGCAGACCCACUGCGAGUGUGUGCCCUUCGAGGACUACUUCUUCAACACCUACCAGCAGCUGCAGACCGCCCCGCUGGUGCGGACGUCGUCGGCGACUAUGCCCUCGUCCCCACUGUCGUCUACCUCCUCGCCCAUCUCCUCGCUGAACUCGAGCACCGACAAGAGCAGUCCGCUGCUGCCCUCGGCGUCGGUCUCGCUCCCGCCACCGCUCGUGCUGCCGCCACUCGGCAGCAUGAACACGACCGACGGCGCGGUGGAGCUCUUGCUGAGCCCGCUGUCGAACACCGGCGAGCGGAGCGUGAGCUUCAUCACCAGCGCCGGGCCGAUCCUCCUCGGCAAGAAGGCCGCCGCGGUCCUCCUCUCGCCUCGCGUACUCCACUACGAGCGAGUCGAGCGCAUCACCGCCGAACGCGAGCGGAGCGGCGGCUCCGCUGGCGGCCUCUUCGGCCUCCACAAGAUGGAGCAGGACAAGAGGUCGGCGUCGUACCGGCUGAUGCAGAAGAACAACAUCCCCAAGAAGCCGGAGGACAAGGAUCGUGAAGGGCGCGAGCGCGAGCUCAAGGAGGAGCAGGACGACGAGACCAAGUCGCGCCUCGACGACGUGUCCGAGGAGACCAUUCUCGCCGAGUACGGCUUCCACCGGAUCAUCGACGAAGAGGAACAGCCGAACACGAUACUGCCCCACUUUGCCAAGCGGCUGGACAACAACCCGACGCUGCUCAACCCGCACGAGGUGUUGAUCGCGGUGCAGCUCAUCUUCCUGCCGGAGCGCAACCUCGUUCUGUCGCUCAAGAAGCAGGGCGCCGACAACCUCGGCCAGGGAAUCACCAAGGCCAUCACCGAAUCGGGCAAGAUCUGCGCUCCGCCCGGCGAGGACGCCAAAGAGAGAGGGUGGUUGGUCGGAACGGUGCAGCAGAUCGGUGCUGCGCUCCAGGGCAAGCUCGACAUCAAGGAGGGCGACAGAGUCAUCCCGAUCUACUCGCUCUCGUCCAUUCCCAUCAAGCUCACCUCCAUCGACAACGUCAUGGGCGAGCGGUUCAUUUUUGCCAAGGGCACCGCCGUGGCUUUCGCGCGCUCCACGUUCGCGCUGCCCCCGCCCGAGUUCGAGAUGGACGUGGCCGCCGUGGCGGUCGACGUCGCUUCGUGUCUCUCCCAGAUCGAGCGUGCUGCCACGACGGGCACCAUGGUGAUCAUCGGACUGGGCAAGCUGGGCCUCACGGCUCUGUGCUUCCUCCGCAAGGUGGUCCCCGCGGCCAGGAUCAUCGCCAUCGACAAGGACGACGCCCGUCUUGAUGCCGCUCGCGCCCUCAAGAAGGCCGACAUUGUGCAGAAGAUGUACGAUAUCAAUCACCUCGCUCAUCGUUUUGUGAACGAACGUGUGUCGAACAGAAACGCGCGGAACUCGGCCGAGGUGCUGUCCUUCGUGCGACAGUCGAGCAGGGGCGGAGCCGACGUCGUGCUCCACUGCACCAGGGCCGUGGGCCUCGAGUCGUCCGCCAUCCUCUCGGCCAAGCGGGGCGGCUCGGUGCUCUUCUGCCGGCAGAACGCCGACCCCGGCCGAGUGUCGCUCCUGGCGCCCAGCAACGACGUCAGCCUCGUGACCACUGGUGGAGCGGUGUCGAACGCUCACGUGCAACGCGUGUUUGAGCUGCUGCGAGCGGAGAUGGAGCUGCGAAAGCACUUCAUCGCCUAUGCCCGUUCCACAGUCGUCAAAUGA